UAAUUAUAGAUACGCUUUACUUUUGUUUCGUUUAAAAAAGGGCUCGUAAACAAUAUUUGCAAAUUUGUUGUUUUUCAUUUCAUAUUUUCACAGCACUUAAAUGCUGUAAGCAUAGUGAGGCGAUUAGCAACUUUUAUACAAGUUAUGUAUAAAUUAACUUCAAUUACAUAUAUUUAUUGUACUACAAAUAUGAAGAAGAUAACAAAGCAUUGUAUUUGCACUUUAUUCUAAAAAUAACAAAAGUUGUUUAACUAUAAACUGUAACUAGCUACUAGUUAAAAAACUAACAUGUAAAGCACUUAAAGCUAAUUGUGAAAUUUAUUGAUCACAACAAAUUAUUUAAUAAAAAUAUUACAAGAAUUUUAAUUCUAAAACUGCAGCUGCGCCUUAAAAAGAAGAAUAUGAAAGAACAUCCGUCAGCUGUCAGCAAACACAGCAGGGUGGCAACGCCAUCAUCCAAGUUUGCGUUGUUCAUGUAUGUGUUUGUUGUUUGUGUACCAAGGCGCAAAUUUUGAGCCAACUAAUUGUUUAGAACUGAAGCUAAAAUGUUUUAAGUAAUUGGAAUUUUGGUAAAUAAAAUAGACUUUAGAGCAUGGCCACUACAAAUAGCAGCAGCGAAACAGUUAUACUCACGGAAGUGGUGCGCCAGCAAUAUGUUCGCUAUUUAGAGCGUCAGCUGCAGGAAAACGUCUGCGUCUGGGCAGGGACUUCCAGAAAUCAUCACAAGCCAACAGCCUGGGCUUGCAUUGACCACAGCGUCAAGGCAAUGGAGACGCAAGCAAUUAAAGCGUGUCAGGCGGCACAGCUCUAUCAGCGUGCCAUGGUCAAGAUGAUCGCCGCCGUGCGACGUAACACACAGGAAUGUCGUCUAGCGGAUGCGCUGUUCGACCAAAUGCAACAGCAAAUGCAGCAAUUAGACGAAAAUUCGCCGUCAACGAAAGCAUCAUAUGCCAAUGCCAAUGCCAAACCCCGCCUGGUCGACGAAUCAACUCAAACGACAAGCAUGCCAAAUGAUGAGCGGAACGACAGUUACACAAGCUAUACGCUGUGCCAGAAAAUCGAUAUGUUUCAGUCGCAACUGGCAGAGCUUGAAUGCGAAGAGCAGCUGGUGCAGCAGAAAUUGGUAGAAGUCAAUGUUAAAGAAAUACUUGCAACUCCCAUGUCCACUACAGAGGAUGAAGUUGCGCUGGAGCUAGCCAAGCUGUUUGACGACGAGCCAACUGAUUUAAGUGCCAUAUUUGGUAUUGAUGUAGAAACCAUGACAGAUGCAGAUGCACUAAACGAAUCCUCCGCUGCAGCAGGACAGUUAAAGCCUUUAAUAUCACCUGUCACGCCGUCAACUGGGCCGUCUAGCAAAAGCACUCCGGAUCUGAGGAAUAGUCUCUGGCCCUGCGAAUUGUAUGCUCAGCGGCGGCGACUCAAUGCGUGCUUGGUGCAUUUGUUAGAUGCGGAUUGGCGCUGUGAAGAUACUUUGCGUUACAAGUUUCAUAUGCUUUUCGGAGAGGACAGUGACGAUGAAUUUGCCACGCAUAUAACUAGUCCUAGUAUCGAUCUGGUUGAUGAGGUGCUGCUGGCCAGCUGCAUAUUGCGUAUACGCCCCUGGAUCGUACGGCAUUUGAUGCGUCCGCUGCAGGAAGGUCUAAUUGCCAAUCGUUUUCUAUUCAAAAAGUUAGCAAAAAUGCUGGCCAACAAUAUAGUACUGAUCAAUCCAUAUGCCAGCGAUCGGCAAGUCAAACAAGCCGUGGAAUAUGUGUUUUGCAUCCAACCCCGAGGUAUUCAAAAUGCGCUUGAUCUGGAAUUGAUGCCGCCUAUGUUCAUUGAGCGAAAUGAUUGUUAAACCGUUGAGGUUAACAGAAAAACUUUUCCAGCUUUAAAUAUUUGAAAAUAUUUUUUAAGUAUGCUAGCAGAAAUAUCUUUGUAAGGCAUUUUAAUUACAACACUCGGACUUUUAGAAAUCUCGGAUGCGAACUACAUAUACAGGUAUUUAGUGUUCCUAAUUAAAGGUACCAUGUUCUUGUUGGGAAGUUAUAAGCAAUACAGGUUUAAACUUUUAAACCAUUAAUCUCAGUACCAUACAGUUGAUUUAAGAUAUAUGUAAAAAUAUUUAAGAAUCACUUCCCUUUAUGCUUAAAGUAG